CGGGGCGUUCCUCAGCAUGAACGGCAACUACACGGAUGGAAACUUGACCAUCGCUGACCUGGAAGUGGAGGAAAAUGACCCGGAUUUAAACUCUUUAUCCGCCGUGGGGCUCGUCCUCAGGGGCAUGGCGAUGGCCACGAUCAUGGUCGGUGCUAUAUUCGGGAACGUGUUGGUCAUCAGCAGCGUCCUGAGGUUCGAGCGCCUCCGAGGGAUCACAAACUUUUUCAUCGUCUCUCUGGCAUUCGCCGACCUCCUGGUGGCCAUCCUGGUCAUGCCGUUCAACGCCAGCAUGGAAAUCUCCGGCAAGUGGGUGUUCGGCAGAACGAUGUGCGAUAUAUUCAACGCCAACGACGUGCUGUUCAGCACGGCCUCCAUUCUUCACCUGUGCUGCAUCAGCAUGGACCGCUACAUCGCCAUACUUCACCCGCUGCAGUACGAGACUAAAAUGACGCGGCCGCGGGCCUUAUUCAUGCUGGGCGUAACGUGGAUUUCUUCAAUCCUCAUCUCCUACAUCCCCGUCUACUCACAGCUCUACACGACGGAAGAAAACAUGCAGGCACUAGUCAGGGACCCGGACUCCUGUCCGUUCAUCGUCAACAAAAUAUACGCCGGCGUCUCCUCCAGCGUCUCCUUCUGGAUCCCUUGUAUCAUCAUGGUCUUCGUGUACGCCAGGAUAUUCAUGGAAGCGCGUAAGCAAGAAAAGAUGAUACAAACCUCCGCUCUCUACAUGCACUACUCCGACCUCAGGAACUCCAACGGCAUCGCCCUGGACGGAGACGCGCACCGCUCGGAGCGGAGGAGGAUGAAACGCGAACACAAGGCGGCGAAGACGCUCGGGAUUAUAAUGGGCGCUUUCAUCGUGUGUUUCUUGCCCUUUUUUUCGUGGUACGUGGCCACGACGAUGUGCCGGGAGAUCUGCCCUUACCCGCCCAUGCUGGGCUCUGCCUUAUUCUGGGUGGGGUACUUCAACUCGUGCCUCAACCCCGUCAUCUACGCCUAUUUCAACAGGGAGUUCCGCACGGCGUUCAAAAAGCUCCUGCGGCUGGACAGGGUCCCGUGCGACGCCAGCUGUGAUCCCUCAACCCGCGCCCUCAACACGUCCUACGCCAACCACAACGUACUUCAGCAGCCCCGCGAUUCGUGCAACAUGGCCGUCAGACUCUCGAAUAGCUCCGUGCAGAGACCUUGA